GACGUUAUCUCUGUUCUGUUCUAAAAUGUCUGUGUAUGCAGAGGAAAAUAUUUUUCCCCUCCCCAGCAGCCAUAUGAAAAGAUACCAGUAAAUUGGUAACACAAACUGCAACAAUCCCAACAUACAGCAAAAUAUGUAUCUGGUGUACAGGCUCCCAGCUGCAGUCCAUAGACUUCUUUGUGUGUGUCUCUAGAGAGCUCUAUGAUCACAUAAUGCUGGUUCCUCCUCAUUACCAUCUAUUAAAUUUCAGUAAUACAGCUAAGAAUGAAAUUCUCUCUCAGGUAUCAUUUUUCCAUGUAAGCAAUUACUACAGAGAUGUGAUGUGAUUGCGGAUGCGAGGAAGAGGAGAUGGUCAAUGCUAUUGGGAACGGAAAAGGGGUUGUAGUCCAUGAGACAUACUCUCUUUUAGUAUGUGGACCACACAGUGAAAAUGUUUGAGAACCGCCUGAUCCAACAGUCUAUUUACAACAUUAAAAUCAAAUAGAAGCCACAGUCUAGUUUCCAUUUUAAGGAGUGAGGAUUCAUUAACAGAAAAGCUGCAAGGACAUACAUAAAUUCUCUUUCCAGUGAUUCUAUUUGUAUCAGCUUUAUGAGGGCACAAAAAUGUGAAUUCAUUAAAUUCUCCAAGCAGUCCAGAAACCAGGAAUGCUUCAUAAGAAGUAUUUUCCCAGCUGCUGGUUAGCCUGCCUGGAUAUUUGAGCAAGGACACAGCACCAUAAGUAAAGUACCACAGCUUCUUGUAAAAUGAAAAGUCAACGUGACACUUCAAGCUGGAUCAAGUACUUUGGCACAGGAACCAAACUAGUUGUUUCGGAGACAGAAGCAAAACUCGAUCCCAAGAAGAUCCAGGUCCUGCCUCCUUCUACUGAACAAGAUGGGAAAGUAACACACAUAUGCCUCAUUGAGGAUUUUUACCCAAAUGUCAUUAAGGUGACUUGGGAAGACGGCAUGAAGAGUGCAGAGGAAAAUGCAGUGCAUGGGGAAAUUUGGCCCCCUGAUGACAAUCAACUUUCAUACUCAAUAAGCAGCUGGCUGACCGUAGAUAAAAAUAGCGGCAAGAAUUAUCACUGCAAAUAUCAACAUGAAAGCAAAGAAGGUUUUGUCCCUAUCGAAUCUCCAGACACCUCCGUAGUGACUCAAACCACAGCAGGCUGUACCAACAGACUUUUCACAGUGAGUUUCAUGCACAGGACGGCGUAUGUAAUAUACAUUGUCCUACUCCUGAAAAGCACCAUGUACUACGUCAUCGUACUCUUCUUCAUAUACAGAAUGCAAAGUCCAAUCAAGCGCCAGGGAAAGAAACCUUAAACUUCUCCUACACCUUCCAACCUCAGCAUUUGUGUCUGAAAUUUACUUUGCUUUGAAAUAAGCCUGUUCAUAUGAAACACCUUGCUCUAAAUAUUAAGACAUGCAUUUCAAUUUGAUUUUGUUGGUUAUUUCUCUGCACAGAUGGCUUCUUCUGCUUAAGAGCGCACAGUUUUACGUGUUCAUUUUUUCUAUUUUAUUAUUUUAAUUUUGUAACUGUGGAACUUAAAGGGCUCCUUGAUUUCAAUGGGAAUUUUGCAUCACAAAGCAGUGCAGGAUCAGUUUCUUAGGCUCUUAUCCUGCAAAAACACUUGUGCACACAAAGAACUUUUUGGAUGUGGAUAGGCCAACUGCAUUCAGCAAAGUCAAUGGGAAGACUCGUCCCAUAAAUAUUUGCAGGGCUAGAGUCCCAAUCUGUAAUUUAAAAUGAUUUGUCAUUUCAUUUCUAUUAAUUUCAUUUAU